AUGCAUUAUUACAGAGUGCUCCUGCUUGCUAUUAUACUAGAAACUUCAUUUUGUGAUAAGUUUAAAGCAACCCCUCUGGAGCGUGUCGUAUAUCCCAUGCUUCUCGACGCGAGGGGCAUCAACGGUGAAAAACUACUGCGUAUCGAAGACGGGCUUGUACUGACCUUGGAGAAAAGCGCCGUCCUAGCCGAAGAUUUUGUCGUCAUUCAAGGCAAUGGCAGUGAGCAACAUAUGAGCGGUGAGGAGUUGGAGAAGAAUCUGUACCACGACAGGCGUCACAUGUCAGCACUUUCGAUAGAAGAGGUGGACGGAGGUUGGGAGGUGAGGGGAGUCCUGAGCGACAAGUUGAGGAUUGAACCAAUGCCAUUGAAGGCGCGCUCUGGAGACGGAAGCAUUGCCCACAAGGUUUCAAAGAUUCAGAAAGAGGAAAAUUACGAGAAUGAUUACAUAGUUGCACCCGAUUUCGUGGUCUCUGCAAGAUCUGCAGAUUCAAAGCAGGUCACGGCGCAUGCGCGAGAGGCGGUGUUCGUCGAAUUGAGGAUACUAUGCGAUUCUCACCAUCACAAACAUCAUUACUUCAAGAAACCAAAAGAAGUACUCGUCUACUUGGCGCUUUCGAUAAUCGCAGUCAAUCUGCGAUACGAAGCGCUCAGUGACCCAAGAGUUCAGUUCCUCCUUACUGGCGUCACCUUAAGCGAAGACGACUCACACCUUGUGACGGUGACACGUGAAGAAAGAAGCGGUUCGGUCACAAAUAACGUCACGUAUUUUAACUCAUACGGUACGCUUCAUAAUCUAGCAAGACUCAUUGGAGACAAGACACUGGAAGCUCCUGGCGACGCACUCCUUGUCGUCACAGCGUUGGACAUUGUAACAAUAUCUGGUACCCGAUUAGUGAAGAAUAUUUAUGGACUAGCCUUCACUGGAUCUCUUUGUGGAAUCUUUCGCGGCCUUGAGGUCGAAGACACGCCAGGAUUGUUCAGGAUGAUCGACAUCGCGGUGCACGAGCUAGGACACUCGUGCGGCAGUAGUCACGAUGGCGAUGUUCUGACCAAGAAUGCGUGUGAUCCCAAAGCAAGAUAUAUUAUGGCCCCUGUCUUUCGCUUUGGACAAAGCAACUCGUUUUCAAGUUGCUCAAAAACGCUGAUUAGUAAUUAUAUGAAGUCCCUGUCCGAAGAGUGUAUCGAGGUGAAAUCAAAAAUCAAUCGCCUGCAAAAUAUCACAGACCUUCCGGGAAGCGGAAUGAACAAGUCGGUUUUAUGUAAGAGGCUCUACCCCGAAGGAGGAAACAGUGGUCUGGACACGGGAAAUUAUCCAGACUGUAAAGCAUAUUGCAUGAAUAAUAACAAUAAUUGGGUUUAUGAAAAUCUCUUGGAUGGAAUGGAAUGUGGAGAAGGAAAGAUAUGUCUCCGUGGCCAGUGUGUAAACACGCCACCGAAAUACCUUUCAAAAGCCAAGACGAAAAAGGGCGGAAAAACCAAAGGCCAAAAGAAGUCUGAAAGUCUAUAA